CCCGCCACUCAUAGGCCAUAAAUUCGUCCAUCGGGCAUCACCACUGCUGUCGCCGUUCGCCAACGCCAAACCCAAGCGCCCUAGUCGGUAGUUGUAGACUGUAGUCUGCCACUCCGCCCCUGCCUUCCACAGUUCCACACCAUCAUACUCCUGAACUCCUCCGACCCACCGCCGGCCAUUACACUCUACUGUUCUCUACCGUUUUURUUCUUUACGUUUUAGUGUCGUACUGUUGUACUCUUGUUCACCGUUGUUCGUCUGCUGUACGUGUUUUCGCUGUGUUGUUCGUAAGUCUCAACUCUCACUCUUCACUCUUUACCGUUCGGUACUUUCCAUUUUUAUUAAUAUUAAAUUAUCAUACCCACGUUUGUCCCACAGACAUCAAAAAUUGAUAUACUCCAGACAAAACAAUGGCUGUCAAAGGAUUAACUUUGUUGGUGGUGGCUUUUGCGUUCUGUAACUCUGCAGUUAAGGGGUCAAGUGAUUGUACUUUGCCAUGGUUAGUAGAAAAAAAUCCAUUCAUCGCUAAGGUUGAAUCUUUAUCUAUUAACAGAUGUCCUACUCCUAUUAUUGGGGAUCCAACUAAAGAAUACUGCUGUUAUAAUACUGAUGGAAAGGUUGAAUGUUGCAAUUUCCAAGAAUAUCUACUCUUUGGAUUGAUUUUCCUCAUUCCAAUUCUUAUUGUUCUACUGAUUCUUUCAUCAAUUCUCAGUUGCAUCUGUUGUUUAUUGUGCCCAUGUUGCGCUAUUUACAAACGUAGGCAAUCUGGCAGGGUACUUGUUCAACCGCUUUCAACCAAUUGUGUCAUUAUAGAUGGUAUACCAUCUGUAAUAUCCAGUCAUGGAUCCUAUUAUGCUUCAGCUUCAACAGGAGGUUCUACACCUUUAAUACCUAAUGAGUACCCUAAAUUAUACAAAUAGUUAAAAUAUUUAAAUAAUAUAAUUAAUUAAUCAAUAUUAGGUAUGACUUUAUUGUAUGUUAAGACUAUGGUAAAUUUAAUAAAAAUAUGUUGAGUAAUUUAGAAGUAAAUGAAUUUAAAAUUGAAUAAUACAUGUUGACAUU